UAAUGAAGCAGGAGAGACGAGCAGAGUUACUUUCACAAUGACAGAGGUGCUGAGGAGCCGGUGCUGAGCGAAGAGACACGGUAGUGUACGGGGGCCAUCUCCUCGCUAACCAGGCGCUGCGUUCUGGGAAGAAUUUGCAGGACUUACAAGAAAUUGCCGGUGUGAUAGGUGCAGGGAAUGAUGGAGACUGCCUGCCCCUCGUACAGCCGCCGGAGCCCAGUUUGGGAAGAGAUGCAGGAGUGCGACAAGAUGUCGGGUUCAAUGAGGGAGCCUGCGGUGGCCCCUGGAGCUCCUGCGGGAGAUGAGUCCUCUGACAGCGAGGGGGAGCAUGAGGGGCCGCAGAAACUCAUUCGCAAAGUGUCCACCUCUGGGCAACUCCGCAGCAAGACAAGUAUCAAAGAGGGAUUAUUACUGAAGCAAACCAGUUCAUUUCAGAGAUGGAAAAAACGCUAUUUUAAGCUACGUGGCAGAACCUUGUACUAUGCCAAGGAUUCAAAGUCUCUAAUAUUUGAUGAAGUUGACCUGUCAGAUGCCAGUGUAGCUGAAUCAAGCACAAAAAAUGUCAACAACAGCUUCACGAUAAUCACCCCUUUCAGAAGGCUUAUAUUGUGUGCUGAGAACAGAAAAGAAAUGGAGGAUUGGAUCAGUUCACUAAAGUCUGUCCAGUCAAGAGAGCAUUAUGAGACCGCACAGUUUAAUGUGGAACAUUUCUCAGGGAUGCAUAACUGGUAUGCAUGUUCCCAUGCCCGACCCACCUUCUGUAAUGUGUGCAGAGAAAGCCUUUCUGGGGUUACCUCACAUGGCCUUUCUUGUGAAGUCUGCAAAUUCAAAGCUCAUAAAAGAUGUGCAGUUAGAGCAACAAACAACUGCAAGUGGACCACCCUGGCUUCAAUCGGCAAAGAUAUUAUUGAGGAUGAGGAUGGUAUAGCAAUGCCUCACCAGUGGCUAGAGGGUAAUCUGCCUGUUAGUGCCAAAUGUGCUGUUUGUGACAAAACCUGUGGCAGCGUAUUACGUCUGCAGGACUGGAGGUGCCUUUGGUGUAAAGCAAUGGUGCACACAGCAUGCAAGGACCAGUAUCCUCGAAAGUGUCCAUUGGGCCAGUGCAAAGUCUCCAUCAUACCUCCAACGGCACUCAACAGUAUCGACUCUGAUGGGUUUUGGAAAGCAACAUGCCCACCUUCCUGUGCCAGCCCACUUCUAGUUUUUGUCAAUUCCAAAAGCGGAGACAAUCAGGGGGUCAAGUUUCUACGGAGGUUCAAACAGUUACUUAAUCCUGCUCAGGUGUUCGACUUAAUGAAUGGAGGACCCCAUCUAGGUUUACGUUUGUUUCAGAAGUUUGACAAUUUCCGGAUCCUUGUUUGUGGUGGAGAUGGAAGUGUUGGUUGGGUUUUAUCGGAGAUUGAUAAGCUAAGUUUACAUAAACAGUGUCAACUGGGCGUACUUCCACUGGGUACUGGAAAUGACUUGGCUCGUGUGCUAGGUUGGGGUGCUUCUUGUGAUGAUGAUACUCAGCUGCCUCAAAUUCUGGAAAAGUUGGAACGUGCUAGCACAAAAAUGCUGGAUAGAUGGAGUAUUAUGUCAUAUGAACUUAAAUUGCCAACAAAGCCUUCUAUAUCUCCUUUAUCUCCAGAGGAGGAAUCUGAAGAGUGUCAAUUUCAGAUAUCUGCAUAUGAGGAUUCAGUGGCUACUCAUCUUGCAAAGAUUCUAAAUUCAGACAAGCAUUCAGUAGUGAUUUCCUCUGCUAAGGUUUUAUGUGAAACUGUAAAGGACUUUGUUGCAAAAGUCGGGAAGGCUUAUGAGAAACCAAUGGAAAAUGCAGAGGAAGCUGAAUCAAUGGCUGUAAAGUGUUCAACUCUGAAUGAAAAAUUGGACCUGCUGCUUCAGACUCUGCAUGCAGAAUCUCAGGCUGCUCCAUUGCUGGCACAUUCCACCCCCCCUAUUGUGGAAGAAGAAGUUGAGGAAGAGUUUUCCAGUGAAGAAUCCCUGUCUGAAAGUAGAGAACAGUUAGCUGACAGCAUACCAAAGUCUUCCAGCCAAAGGCUCUUCAAACCAAGAGAGCAACUCAUGCUGCGGGCUAACAGCCUGAAAAAAGCUGUCAGGCAGAUAAUAGAGCAAGCUGAGAAAGUGGUAGAUGAGCAGAAUGCACACACUGAGGAACAAGAAAACCAGUCUCCUGAGGAAUACAGAAAGGAGUUGGAGGAAUCUAAAGAGGAAGAAAAAGAUGAAGACACAAAAGAAUCUGAAUUUCAGGAGUCUGGCAAGGUUCCCCCACGGUCACCAGACAGACAGACAAGCCGCAGUACAUAUACUCACACAGGCUCAUUCUCAGGGCCACCCUUGGCAUCAAGCAAGGAAAACCUACCUGUGUUGAACACUAGAAUAAUCUGUCCAGGUCUGAGGGCAGGGUUGGCGGCCUCCAUCGCUGGGAGUUCUAUCAUCAAUAAAAUGUUACUGGCAAACAUAGAUCCACUGGGGGCUACUCCAUUUAUUGACCCUGAUCCAGAUUCACUGGAAGGCUAUUCAGAAAAAUGUGUAAUGAACAACUAUUUUGGAAUUGGCCUGGAUGCAAAGAUAUCCUUAGAAUUUAACAACAAGCGAGAAGAACACCCUGAAAAAUGCAGAAGCCGAACUAAAAAUAUGAUGUGGUAUGGUGUGCUUGGCACCAAGGAACUUCUGCAGCGAACAUACAAAAACUUAGAGCAGAAAGUCCAGCUUGAGUGUGAUGGGCAGUACAUCCCUCUUCCCAGCCUUCAGGGUAUUGCUGUGCUGAACAUUCCAAGCUAUGCUGGCGGCACUAACUUCUGGGGUGGAACCAAGGAAGAUGAUAUCUUUGGUGCGCCGUCAUUUGAUGAUAAAAUCUUGGAGGUGGUAGCAGUUUUUGGAAGUAUGCAGAUGGCAGUAUCUAGGGUGAUAAAGCUGCAACAUCAUAGAAUAGCACAGUGCCGGUCAGUGAAGAUCACCAUACUUGGAGAAGAGGGAGUCCCUGUUCAGGUGGAUGGAGAGGCUUGGAUUCAGCCACCUGGCGUUAUUAAAAUUGUACAUAAAAACCGAGCUCAGAUGCUGACUAGGGACAGGGCUUUUGAGAACACCCUGAAGUCCUGGGAAGAUAAGCAGAAGUACGAUUCCUGUAAGCUUCCCCUUCGCUCUCAUCUCUAUUCUCAACAAGCUGUUGAUUUGGCUUCAGAAGAAGAAGUCACACUAAUCCAUCUUUGCUCGAAAGCUUCAGAGGAGCUUAUUACAAGAAUAUGCGAAGCUGCAAAAAUCCAUAGCUUGCUGGAACAAGAACUGGCUCAUGCGGUGAAUGCCUGCUCUCAUGCACUAAAUAAAGCCAAUCCCCGGUUUCCCGAGAGCCUAACAAGAAACACUGCCAUUGAGGUAGCAGUAACUGCAAAAGCUUUGCACAAUGAAACAGAAUCUCUCUUGGUUGGAAGAGUGCCCCUGCAGUUGGAAUCCCAUCAUGAAGAACUUCUAUCCAAUGCCCUUCACAGUGUAGAAGUUGAGCUAACAAAACUGGCUGAGAUUCCUUGGCUGUACUUUGUCUUACAGCCAGAUGAGGAGGAUCCUCCUCUGGAAUACUCUAAAAGAAACAGCAGAAGCACAGUAUUCCGAAUAGUGCCAAAGUUUAAAAGGGAGAAGGCCUUAAAGAAUAAGCCCAGCAUUCAGCCUGUUCAAAAAUGGGGCACAGAUGAAGUGGCAGUUUGGCUGGAUCUUCUCAGUUUGGGAGAGUACAGAGAAAUCUUCAUCCGUCAUGAUAUCCGUGGCUCAGAGCUAUUGCACCUGGAGAGGCGGGACCUUAAGGAUCUGGGGAUAUUGAAAGUGGGUCAUAUGAAGCGAAUUCUACAGGGAAUUAAAGAGCUCAGCAAAAACUCCUCUUUAUCGGACAUGUAAAAGCUCUGGUGAAAUCCCUGCAAAGCUCGAGGCUUUGCCAAAUACCAAUGCUGUUGGGGGCACGUUGCUGUCCUUUUGUUUACUGUUAUAUGUAAGCACUGAUAUGCAGCUGGAUGGUGAGAAGGCUGAUGUUUGUAAGCUUAUCUGAAGCAUUUGCAGUGUUUAGGCUGAAACAAAAACCUUUACAGAAUGGUUUGAGUAGGUCUGGAUCUGCUUAACUUGAAACAUUUCUGAUGGUAUGUGACUUAGCAGAAAGCUAAGAUAGGUAUUGAAAUAGCACGAAUGUCUUAAGCCCAGCCUGACAACAUAUCAUUGCUUGGCGGAAGGAUUCCAGCUAGUAUCAGGCCUUUGUAGCCUAACCAGAGUGAAGGUGAAAAUACAGAUAAAAUCAAGGCUUUACCAAUAUGGUCUUGAUUUAUGUUGCCUCAGGUACCAUUCACUCAGUGGCCAAGGAGUGUGACUGACUGAAAAACAAAAAGCUUUGUACAAAACAAUGCAGUCUUUAUUGCAUGGAGUGCCUGCAAAAUUGUAUUUCAGUUGCAUGACAUAUCCUAUACUAAUACAAAACAACAGAAACAAAAGAACACUUGAACAACUUUUGUAUCAAUUUUAAUAAGGUUAAUUUAUUACUACUGAAGUGGCUCUGUUGCUUUAAGGCACUUUUCUAUUAUGUGUUUGUACAUUUUUGCAUGAAUAUGUUCUGUGGCAAGGGAUCUGUGGGUGUGACCAUGUAACUGAUGUGCCAUGUAUAGUUAGAAAGUGAUGAGUGAAAUGUAUACAUAUUUAUUAUUAUUAUUAUAGCUAGUAACAUUUAAUAACGUGGUUGGGAUCAGUGCUUCUCCAAAAUGUGUUUUUUCCCCAAAGGUGGUUACCUCACAAACCUGCUCUGUUACACUUCCUAAUGCCUUAUGGUUAGUCUUUAUUGUGGAUGUUUUACAUUUCCUUAGUCUUAAUUGCUAAUAGGGAGGCAGAGCGGUUACCAUCUAUGGGGAGGAAAGGCUACAUCCUGGCCAGUUGUUGGGAUUUUUUAACGACUGUUGAAAUAUCAUAUAACAAAUACAUUACCUAUUAUGUUUAGCUAGCUCUUUGGUGGGCAAAUAAGAUUAAAAGGCCAGUAACAAAUACACAUAAAGUGGAAUGUUUUCUGGCUAUUGAUACAUACUAUAUAAUAGUACAUUUCCAAAACUUCUACUUUAUUUCUAGAAAGCUUUGUACUGUUAUAUUAAUGAAGUACUAACUUUUUUUAGUAGAACUCAUUGGUUUCAAACACACGUGCAAUUACAGAGUAUUGCAACACCCAGCAACACAAAAGGAACUUGGCAACUCAGCAACCGGAUUGGAUUGAGGUUACUGAACUGUACAUGAAUGUCCUUUUUUAUCAUUUUGUCACUGGCCCUUUAAAACAUUGCAUUUAUUUUCAUAUCCACAGAAAAGUUAGGAACCACCUUUGCCAUAUAAUUACUAAGAAGCCCCCAGGGAACGUAUUCAUUUGCGUAAAGGUGGCAGUAUUUUAGGUGCAAUUAGUCUCAUGGGCAUGAAUCCCAAAUGUUUCAGAUCUGAUUACAUUUACACCCCCAAGCUUGUUUAUUCCACAAGCUGACACUCUCCAUAUUAACUGCAAUAAGUCAAAUUAACUGUAUGUCUUAAAACAAAAUAUCAAAAUCAUACAAAAUGUAAAUCCUUGCUAAGCGGUGUAUGGAUAGGCCUGUGUGUAUAUCAUUCGCAAACUGUGAGGCUUACAGGAAGACCCCUGAUUAUAGAAAGAAAUUAAGCGGCAACAUUUUUUUUUUUUUUUAGAUGGACAUUUCUCACCAUUCAUUGAAAUUUGUGAUCAAUGGGUAUUUCCAUUUUUGGCUACAUUCUCAUGGGCAGAGGUUGCUGUGCAUUGGUUUCACAGUGGAUUCUGCAAGAACUUUAAUGGAGCCAUGUAGAUGGGCUAAUAUCUUCUCAUUUCCCCAAAACCACACUCAAGUCUUCCAUCCUGCAUUAACAAUCACCAGCUUUCUGCAUCUAACCAUUUUUUUUUCGUACCAUGCUAAACUUCAAGCUGUAAUCAUUCGGCAUUAAUUUGGCAAGACUGCACUGAGGUAGUUUAGAAUCUGUGUACAUCUGAGAGAGUAAUAACGUGCCCUUACACUCACCGAGGAUUCGUACAAUAUUCAGUGUCUGUAUGGUGGGUUCAUGAGACAACCAAUAUCGGCAAAAGCCUUGGAUAUCGGUUGUCGGCCAGGGUGGAAAAUUUUGAUCGGCGCCUGAACAUUGGCAGAAGGUUAAGGCUGAAUCGUCAGAUAAGGGGUAGAAUUCUAUACUUUCUACCUGCAUAUCUGACAAUUCAGCUCUUGGUAGUGGAGUGGGCGAAUGGUUGCAGGAAAGAUCGUUUUUGAUAUGUGUAUGGCCACCUAUAGAGUUAUAUGGAUGAGUGUUCCCUGUCACUUACUAGAUAUUCCCUGUUUUCUGGCAAAGCAGGUGACUGCAUUGUGCAAUAUUUAUAUGCUAAUAAGUAUGAUAUGCAUGUAGCGUUAAUGAUCAGCACACGUUUUGUGGGGUAUCUUAUCACACAGCUACAAGUGCACUACUUUACUAUUGUAUCUUCUAUCUACUAAGAACUGAUGCCAUGCAGUUGAUCUGCCUGUUUGUAUAUCAUGUUGUAGCUCUAGCUCACCUAUUUAUAUACAGAUUGGAUCUUAUUAUGUGUUGUGCAGUUUCUAAACUGGGUGCUUACAUUCAGUGCAUAAACACAGCAAGAACCCCUUUGCAUCACUAGGUGCUUUCUGUCUUGUUUUGGUAUUUUUAUAUGUAUUUUUAACAAAUAAUAAUAAUGUGUUCAAAAAAUGCAAUCCACUGAUAUGUGUUCACUUGUAAAUAUAUGUAGUUGUAGAAUUUGUUUCUGAUAAGAUGUACAGUUUAUUUUUAAACUCAUGUUUUUUGUUCUUUUAUAGGUGUGUGUUUUUUUUGUUUUUUUUACAUCUUAGAAGUAAAAUUUGGAAUUCCUUCCAUAGAAAGAUAAAUAACAUUAAAUCCCUCUGCUAAAAAGGUUCUGCAUAGGAGUCCACACUGACUUAGUUGGCAGCUGCGACAGGAAUACAGAGCCAAUGAUCCCCAUAUUGACAUAAGGAGUCAGGGUGCAUAGGUGUUAAUGGCAAUUCAGAAUGUUCUAUAAUCAUAUCUUGUAUUUGUUUAAAUACAGUGGAAGCUUUUCUCCUCAUCCAUUCUCUUGCCAGGGGACCUAGAAUCUGAAAGGAAAGCUGCUCUUUUCUGUUGGUGGACAAAUGCCACAUGCAACAUAGUCCGACUUCAAGCUCGCUGUAAUGUUCCCUCCCGCAGAGUUCAAUAGCGAGUUGAUGUUCAUAUACUGAGCAGCAUGCACUGCAGAGGGGUUUGUGGGGGCAGCUCUGUAAGACCUCAGAUGUAAGGGAUAUCUUCAUUUCUGUGUAGCAAACCAGAGAGUAAUUCAGUUAAAUUUUGUAUAAAUAUGUACAGUAUAUGCUGCGACUUACAGAAAGACUGGCAGUGCAUGGAAUGAUAUUGGGUGUAGGCUCAAACCAUAAUUUAGUAACCAAAUGGAAUUCAUGCAUUUGAGAUUCUAACCAUAAGAAUUGCUGGCUAUUGUCUAUUGCCAUUGUAAUAGAGCAAGUAAAACAUACCCAGUUGGUAGUGCUGCAUAAUUUACAGAAAAAUCUCAGUAUUAAAAAUAAAUAUGUGGUGUGUUUGCUCUGCUGCCUAACCAUCCAUCAUAUUCAAUUAAAUGCAAAAGAUUCCUGAAUAAUAAUUAUAAAUACAUUUAUAUGAACUUGGAGUGCAGUUAGGGUUGGUGCUGAUGGGAGAGGGGGGGUAUAUAUACAGAAUCAUGCAUCUGGUGGCCCAAUGAACAGGGAACAUCAUUCCAAUACAAAAAAUGUGCCUAUAGAAUUAUACAGCUGUGCUAGAUUUCAUUGAUUUCUUUGCUCAACAGUGGGAUGGGGAUAAUACAUUGUCGGUCUGUAAAGCCCAAGAACUAUCAAUCCAGCCCUGUUACCAAAAGGUUGGGUCUAUAGAUAGUGUUUUUGUUGUUGUACUGUACUGAAAAAACACCAGCACCACCAAGACUUCAUGUGAAAAAACAAAACAUAAAUUUAAAACCGCAUGAAUAGCUGAGGUAACAUUUCGGUCCACACUGAGAAAGGUUCCAAUGUGGACCAAAACGUUGGCUAUUCAUGGUGUCAAUAUACGUUUUGUUUUUUCACAUGAAGUCUUCGUGGUGCUGGUCUUUUUUGUAGUAUUUAAACUGUUUACUGGGCACCCAAGGUAGGUAUAUAUAAUAUACACUACUUGGGACAGGUACACACCUUACAACAGCUCUUGCCUUGGUGCUACCAUAAACACAUUUGAUCUUAAUGAAGAGGAAGUGUAAUGUGGAGUUAGAGAGUGUAUAAUCAUGGCAAGGCCAGGCAAAUUCCAUGCAAGAUACAAUUAGUUUCAGUUUUGGAAAUCUCAGUCAAUGAGCAGUGUUGCAUGCAUGAUACAUGGGAAAUACUUUUGGACACAGAAAUGCCCUCUGGUUCUCAUGUUCAGAGUUUAUUUCUUUUGACACUUGGUGGGUUAUUUUACAGUGCUCCCUUUAGUGCUUGUGUAGCCAGCCCUUGCAUGUGGGGCAUUGCUGUACUCUGCACCUUGCUUACUAAGGACGGGGUUCCUUUGCUCCUAACUGCCAGCCCCUCAGAUAUACGGUGCUUUUUAGCGCAGGCUUUACUUAAUUUAGUCCAUGGAUGCACUUUGCACCCUUGUCCAACAUUUGUAAAUAACCCUUUAAUUUCCAUUAUCAUAACUAAGGAUAUAGCGCAGGAGAUAAAGUUGCAGCUGUGACAUGACCCAAGACUUAUGAUUAAAAGAUGCUCCCUGCAUUAUACAGUACUAACUGUACAUUAUUAAGUAUGAUCCACCAGAGGGCAACAAAUGUAUUAUCUUCUCAUAUUGCUUAACACUUCACAGCUCCUCACGACUUUCAGUUUGUAUUUGCCAAUGGUGCCAUUAAAGGUUUUACUAAUGAAAACCUUUUUUUUUUUUACAAACAGUAUGUUGGCAAAAAUGAAAAUAGAAAUGUAUGCGAAUAACAGUUAAUUCUGUAGUGGAACCUGGGCAACAUUGUAUCUGUACUUACAUUCUGUUGAAUUAUAGUUGAAAGCUAUAUAUAACCAUUCAUUUUAGUCUUUAUAAAGACUACUCAAGUUUUGAAAAGUACACAUCCAUGUGCAAUGAAUGGAAAACUGUUUUUCUACUAGAUUCUUUUUUGAUGUUUAAGUGUAAUCGUAUAUCAAAUAAUGUUAUUUGUAAAUACAGCCUUUAGUCACAUAACCAAAUUGCCUGCCCUACCACUGCCCUCAGCAUUUUUCCCCACUGUUUUGUUUAGAUCCCUCUAUCCGACUAGAGUAUGUAAUAGAAGAGUUAGUUGUUGGUAAUGGGUUUCUAAGGGGCCAUAUUUAUAAAAGUAUAUACCAUACCUAACAAAGUUUAUACCUAACAAAGUGUGUCAAAUGUGUUGUAAAGUUAUAAGUUAUAUAAUUGCAGCUUUUGUACUAACGUCAAGUUUGGCAUAAAUUACAUAUGUGGGGCACAUGUGCCAGUGCUCAGAUGUGUGAAUACCACAAAAAGGCACUGAUCCUGCUCAGCUUAAUCUAAUGGUCCACAGAAGGGUCAAACUCACCAGCUUGGAACUCACAAAAUCACUGUUCAGUCCCCUGUCAGUUUACAGUCUAAAAAACUCAUGAAAGUGUGCCCCAAGAGGGAUGCUGCCAGAACUUGCCAGGUUGCCUUUGUAUCCACUCACCCUUACGGGACCACAUUGUCAUCUCUGGUUCCAGGUUGUGGAUACUUCCGUGAGGAUCUAUUUGGACCAUUCUAUCCCUUUCAGUACCAAUCUUUCUUAGAUAUAAGAAAAGUGUACUGAAUAGGAGUGGAUGAUGCCCAACAUUAGCAACUUUCCAAUCUUGAUGCCAUUAUACAUUGUGAGUGCUGCUUGACUUCCUUACUAAAACUGCUGUUUGGUGCUGUUGUAUUUAUUAACCACAUAUGAAUAAGCUGCAGAUUGACAGAAUGAGCCAGUUAUUUACUGGCCUUAACAUUGUCUGGCAUUAUUUGGCAAGCAUAAUUUCAGAACAGUACCAUCAUUUCUGUUUGCUAAGCUUGCAGGUAUCAUAUUUGCUGAGCCACUUAACAUGCAUCUUCUUUAACCAAAUAAACAUUAUUUAUUGCAAUAUUACUCCUUAUUUUCUAAAUGGGGAAAUCUGCAAAAGGCUUCUGUUCUCUUGGCUGUAGUGAUGCAAAAUUGAACGCAUCAAUUUAUCCCCAAUUAGAAAUUCAAUUGUUGCACAAAACGUGAAAACUCCGAUCUCUACAAUAAACGAAUUACCUUAUUAGCAUUGCAACUAACAGUAAUCUCACAAAGUAACCACACUCACCAAAAUUAAUAAGAGAAUUUGGCAAAAGAAUGGAUUAUUUCAGGUUAAAUAAAUGCCAUUAGUGUAAUAGAUGGCAAAGUUUAAAAAAUGAAUUGUCUAAAAACAAUAUGUAGUCAAACCUUUAGGCAUAGGAAUGGACCAAAAGGUGGAAUCUGUGCAUCAGGGAAUGACUGAGCAACUCAAAAUGUAUUUUUCACAAGCUUCUAAGGAGCCAUUAAAAAUGAAUAGGGUUCAUGAACCCCUAGGCAAAACACCAAUAAAAGGUCUCCCAAUAAAUAUAAUGAAACUGCAUUACCAACCAGCCGAGAAAGAUACAUCAGCUACCAGGUAAAACCAGUCCAGUUACAAGGGAAUAACCUAUCUGUGCCUCAGAGCACAAAGUAUCAUUGGAGAUUCUCCUGUUUAAAUAAACUGGGACACAAUACGUGUCUCCAAAGACUUAUAUAUGUAGCCAGUAUUUUUCUCAUACAAAAGACUACUAACUUUUAAAUUUAUCUCCAUUUUACCUCUACUAAAAAAACUUUACAUGAGCCUGUAUAUGACUCAGAUAACUACAUAUUCUGUUUACUUUAUAUAGGUUCAGUUGGCGUCCUGCAUGUCCGCUCUAUUUAACAACCAGAACAGGCUCUUCCUUUUUAAUGCACCCUCAACUAGUGUUUAUAUUGUCGAUUCCACUAACCUCUCAACCCAUCAUUUUAUCUUGAUAUCACUUUAAUAAAUGCACGGCUGAAUAUAUGCUGUAUAUGUUAUGAUUUCUUUGUUACCCAUUACCAAGGUGGGCUUAUUCUUUAAUCCUUUAACAUGGUGUGGGAAGAGCGGAGUCGUGUGUACGCAAAGCAUGGCAGCUCUGACCUGAAAGGCACCAUUGGAAUGCAUGUCCCCUGGUUGUAAUAAAAUAGUUUCUCCCAAUAAUCAAGGUCAAGCAACAGACUAUGCAGUUAUGUCCUCCCCAGCCUCUCUUUCUUUAUACUAACACACAUAUUAUUUAGCCUACACUUCUAAAAAGACAAAAGUGGCGCAGACCUUGACUAUAACAUCGUACUUUUAAUACCAAGAAGCAAUUUAAAGAGAGGGCAGGUUCCUUAAGCUUUUUGGGAUAAUACAUAACAGCCCAACAUUUCUUAAAUACAGUUAUUUCAUAUAAUAUUAGAUUUAAUAAAAACCUAAUAUUACAGGUUCCAGAACCAUCCAUCUGUGCUUUAAGUAAUUUCAAAACAGUCCCUGUAGAACCUUUCUGCAUUGGUGUUAGAUGAUUCCUCUAAUACCUUGAGUAAACAAACACCUGACUAUAACAAACUACCUUGAAUUGCCUGGAAAAUGUAUCAAAAAUUAAGUUUGUGUUUUUUCUCCAUUUGAUAAAGAACGCAAAUACUCGCACAGGUUUUCCUAAACCUUGAAUAGUCUGGUUUUAUUAAAGAAAAAAAAAAGUUGCCAGAAAAAACUUUCAAGUAAAACCUGGUGAGUUUCUAUAGCAGUCAAUGGGAAUUGUCGCUAACAACUUUGUAUUUAUUCCCAGUUUAUUAAAACAUUUGAGAUUUUCAGCCUCAUUGAAAAUGAAUGGAAAAUGUGAAUCUUGCUGGCAGGGGAGUUUGUUUUGCAACAAAGUGUGAAUGUGACUUUCAGUUUGUUUCUUUUCAAAUAGCAGUCAAGGGAAAAAAUUGAAAAUGGGUGAAGACAUCAACCUUUUACAGUGCUUGCUUCCUUCCUUGGACCACUUACUCAAAAUUGAACUCGAAAUGGGCUGCUGUUCUCUGCUUGCAAUCAAAAUCAUUUAUCACGUCAUGGCACACGGGGUCAAAUACGCACAGCUCUUCCUUCUGCCUUUGAAAGCAUACGUGCAGCACAUUCGUAAUCCAGGAGAAUUGUAACAGUCUUAUAUUGCAGUUGAACAGUAGAUGCAAAAAAAAUCGCCCCCAUCCUACAUGUCAUGGCAAAGGAACAUGUUUAACUGAAUGAUUUCUAUCCCAUUUCUCCCUAACCUUCUGAGCAGUUAAAUAGUCCUUUCCCAGCAUGCCUGCACACAAACAGAUCAUGGUAGGGGGGGAGGGGCUAUCAGCCGGAUUUGGCAUGCCUUGGUGAAGAUCUUGUUUUUACACUGUACAGAACAAUGUACAUUAUCGGUAGUGAUACAUGGCUGUGUACUGUUAAUAGCAAGCAAGUAAAUAGUCACUUCCAAGUUUCUAAGAAGAGAUUUAUAAUAAUUAACGUUUUGUGCUUGUCACUUGCACAUUUUAUAGAGAUGAAUUUGUAUAUACACUGGACAAAACCAGACAGCCCAUGGCUAGGGUCAGUUACCAUAUUUUUUACCUUUAAUAACUGAGGUUCUUCCAGAAGAUACUUGUAUAGGUGUGUGCCUAAAUAGGAGCAUGUUAAACAAUUCUCAUAGGCCUUGUAGAGCAGAAUGUCUUACUGCCAUAGAUCCACCAAAUUAUUUCUGCACAUUGAAUUGUGUAUGAUUCUCUGUAUGUGUUGGCACCCUGUGCAACAACACAAAUGUGAUACAGGAGGGGUAGAAUAUUUUACUCACCUUUCUCAGGGUUUAAGGUUUAGAAUUGUCCUUUCUGGUAUUUUGCCUCAGGUUUGUUAGACACUUGUUUGUCACUUUGUCAAGUUAAAAUGUCUGUGUGAGACCAGGUUGGCACCCGUGUGAGUUUAUAUAGAAACUGCAUUUUGUGCAUCCCUACUGAAAUGUAUGAAUUUGCUUUGGCAUGCCAGUAAUUUCUGCCUGGUACAUGUAAAACAUGUUUUUCUUUAACCCAAAUCCCAUUUUUAAAUGCCAUUGUACCAGUUUUGGCAACAAUUGAACAGCAUAUUAAUACUUUCAACUUGGUUUUCAGUAUAUUUAAAUGCACACUAACAUUUUUAUAUCAUGCUUGCUGGGGUUUCCUAUGAUUUUAUUCAAGAUUCUGCUUUGUGUUUGUUUGGGGGCAGCCCAGUAAGUGUGACAUGGCCGGCUUCUUCCAUAAGUGUUAUAUGUAACAGCUAAGCUUCAGUAAAAUGGAGACACACACAUAGGGGCCCAUUUACU